AUGCAAGAAAAUUUGAAUAACCAAUACGAGCAUGCCAAAAAAGAUCUUGAUGCAGCUUUAUCUCAAUUUAAAGCUGCAGAAAUGAAAUGUUUGAUGGAAGACAAUAAUGAAUGUAUCAAAACCAAAGAUUUAUUCCGGUUAAAAUAUUCAGAAAUUUAUAGACUAAGAGAACGAGACAGCUCAAAUUGUAUGCAAGAAUGCGAAGAUAUAAUGAAACAAAAGGGAAAUUCUGCAUUUCGUGAAUGUCAGGAGUCAUGCCUAAAGCAAUUUAUCCCCAAAAUUCUCGAUGAAGCAAAGCUGAUUAGAGAUGCAGCUUCAAAUAACUAG